CAACGGUUUUAGGUCUGUAUAUUUCAAGGUUUCGUUUAGUUAUGUUCGAAGUAAUUCUAUCUGAUUUUUGUUCAUUGAUAUGCAGUGUAAGAAAUAUAAUAUUAUACUCGUUCCCGAAAGAGACCAUGCUUUUGCUCGUGAUGUACGAUUAAAAACCACACUCGUAAUACUAAUACUAUAAAUAAGUCUCUUACGGGAACUAGUUUACUAUUCUAUAUAUUCCACUGAAUGAAUAUUACACGCAGUGUCAGGCAAGGCUUCCGGUGUGCACUCACGAUUGAACAGUGAACACCGACGUCAAAGACACUGAUUGGCAAAGAAGGACAAUCGCUGUAGUAGAAGAACAAAACGAAAAAUUAAACAGCCAACAGCCGAUAUGGAGGGUUUAGUUGAGGGAAAUUCGAAACGACCGACUCGUUAUUCGAUUGUUAUUGAGCGAGACGUACGAGGAUUCUAUUGACGAUCUGAUCAGCACUUAUUCAAACGUAAGAUCAAUGGGACUGCAGAACAUCUGCGUUUAUCGAGACAGUGGUUGAUCACGACUCAUCUUGGUUCAGCGAAACACACAAAUGCGACCACCCCGAAUUCAGGUUCAUCGAGAUACCGAAAAAAAGGAAGAAACUACACUGCAUUUAGGUUUAUCAAGACAGGAUUCAACGUGGAAAUAAUUAUCUAGUCCAGCGAUAUACGGUUCACUGCUUCAAUGUAUGGCCAAAUACACUGUGUGGUUCGAGAGCUAGCUAUAAACAAAUUUGGAAAUGACGUUUGGAAAAAUAUUUUAAACGAGUCUGGGCUGGAUGAAAACGAACACUUCCUGGUGUUCAACCGCUACGAUGAUUCCUUGACCUUCCAGCUAAUAGGAGCCGUUAGCAAAGUGAUGGCUCUUAGCAUGGAGACGGUUCUCGAGGUGUUCGGGGACUACUUCCUCACCUACUGUCUCAAACACGGCUACGACAAGAUGCUCAAGACGCUGGGGGGAGAUAUUCGCAGUUUUAUACAGAACCUCGACUCCCUACACUCCCUGCUCGCUCUCAGCUACAAAAAUAUAGUGGCUCCCUCUUUCAGGUGUGAAAAUGCGGACGAUGGCAGCCUUCUUUUACAUUACUACACCACGAGGCCGGGCCUAUACCCUAUCGUGAUUGGUUUGGUGAAGGCCGUUGGCAGGGAACUGUACGAACAGAAGCUGGAGAUCUCGGUGGAGGACAGGUUCAAACAGCCCAUCGACGGCGGCAAGACUCAGGAGCACACCGUCUUCAGGUGCGUGUUCGACGCCGUGGAAAUGCCCAUGGCGAAGUGCUGCGAAGUCGUAGUCGUGACACCCAAGACGUCUUUCCACCUGGCAGCCGACCAGUUCUGUUCCGUGUUCCCGUACCACAUCAUAUUUAACGAGAAACUGGUGAUCCGACAAUGUGGCGUCAUGGUCCAGAAGAUGAGUCACAUGAAUAUUCAAGAGGGCGUGCACAUGUCCGAAGCUUUCACCGUCGUACACCCGAAAAUGACCUUGACCAUUGCCAACAUCCACGUGUUCAUCAAUGCCGUGUUUUUACUGGCUGUUAAGAUUCCGGAUGGCUGUAUAGAAAAGCGAGCGUUAGUUUUGAAAGGUCAAAUGAUGUGGUUGGAAGAUUCGCAUCACAUGAUCUUCAUCGGGUCGCCCAGACUGACCAGUCUCAAUGAACUGAUGGAGAUGAACGUGUUUCUCGCCGACAUACCGCUGUAUGACGUCACUCGAGAAUUGGUGCUUCUUAAUCAACAACGAAUAGCAGAAAUAGACGUAGCUAAAAAGUUGGACGAGACGACCGUCGCUCUGAAGAAAACGUCUGAACAACUGGAAGAAGAGAAGAAGAAGACCGACCUACUCCUGUAUCAGAUGUUACCGCCAAAAGUAGCAAACCAGUUGAAGAACGGCAAACAAGUGGAGGCCGAAAAGUUCGAUGCUGUAACCAUUCUGUUUAGCGACGUCGUGACAUUUACAACCAUUGCUGCUGCCUGUACCCCUCUACAAAUUGUAAACAUGCUCAACAAUUUGUACCAGAAAUUUGAUGAGAAAAGCAACAAACAUGAUGUAUAUAAGGUUGAGACUAUCGGCGACGCGUACAUGGUGGUGGGCGGCGUGCCGGAGAAGACGACGUUACACGCCGAGAAGGUGGCCAGCUUCGCCAUCGACAUGGUCACUGAGGCGGCCACCGUCGAAUCGCCGGCUACAGGCAGCCCACUGCAGAUUCGUGUUGGGAUCCACAGCGGCCCCAUCGUGGCCGGCGUCGUAGGUAUGAAGAUGCCGCGCUACUGUAUGUUCGGUGACACGGUCAACACGGCUGCGCGUAUGGAGAGUCACGGCGUGCCGGAUAGAAUACACAUCAGCUCUUCAACCAUGGAGUACCUAAGGAAAUCUAACUUCCGACUAAAGCGACGUGGGGACAUAGCCGUGAAAGGCAAGGGAAUGAUGACGACAUACUUCCUCGUGGCUGACAGGUGGAGACAACUCAAGGAACCUAAUGACGAGUAUCGGGAUCUCUGCGCACUGGCAGACCUGGACCAAGAGAGCCAGACAGUCUCAGCGUCGAUCACGAGGACAACGUCCAAGUAUGCCAAUCACAAAACCAGGACUUGCUGUCUUUUGUGAUGGCAGAAUAUUCAGUUUUGUCUUGCGUGGACAGGACACUGCAAAUCAACGACUGCCAUGAACAGUUAUGAGUAGCGAAGUAUGAGGUGUGGUGGUAGCCCGAAAACGUUGACUGUAAGAGAGCUAGACGGACAUUUGGACAGUUAUCAACGCUUUCUAAUUCUCUCUCUCUCUCUCUCUCUCUCUCUCUCUCUCUCUCUCUCUCUCUCAACGCGUUUACCGUCGGAGUACUCGGGGGUAGUGUGGGGACAAUUCAGUUAAGGAUAAAGAUGAAGGGGCACACGGUCACAGUUUACCUAGUAGAGGUGGUGGAAUAUGAGUGUCUUCAUAUCAUUCCUGUGCUUGGGCAUCUUUCUGAGGAAUAUCGACAAAAGAUUUAAUAAACGACUUUAGAAAUGUGAUGGAGAAAUAAGUAUGCCCUGUUAGAUGUCAAGGUUUUUGGGGCCUAUAUAUUUACAAAAUUAUGAAAGUGAAACACGAGUCAAGUGGUUCAUUGACUAUUACCAAAGAAACACGUGUUUUCCUCACUAACAGGAAUAUAAUAUUGGCGCGGAUGAAACUAUCCUCUUUUUUUUCAAAUAAUGCACAUAUCUACACCAUAGUUGCUGCUUUAACACAGUCUUUCAAUUUUUUCAAUUUUUCUCAUUUAUUGUAUGUAAUAUAUUGACAUAAAGAGAAUAAGGUUGUGUAUACACGACCAAAAGCAAAUGUCACUAACUUACGAUGCUGUCAUGAGACAUUAUAAUUUUUAAUUGUGUCACUUAUAUUUAUUAACUUUGGUACUUUGCAAGUGUAAAAAGCAAACUAUAGUCCGUCCCAUCAUUCUAAAUAUGUUUUGGGGGGUUUUUGACGUAAGAAGAAAAGUAAAACUGUUUUGGAAAUAACAUAACAAAACUAUUUUUGCCUGUAAUUUAUAAAUGGCUCAGAAAUAGAUACUUGUAGUAAAUUCAAUAGAAUGAAAAAAAAAAUUUCCUGUGGGACGUACUAUGGACUAACAUUCCAGUUGUAUCAUUUGUCAUCUGUCUCAUUUAAAACUAAGUAUCACUGGUAAAGGUCGUAUAUAUUACAUCACAACUUAAAGAGACAUUCCUGAGUUUGCUGCAUUGCAAGAUGUUUCCGACUAAUAACAUAUUUCUACGAUUAAACUUACAUAUUAAAUAUAUUUUCGUGUUUAGAAUAU